CAUGGACUGUCGACCUCUGAGAUGGCUUGCUGGGACGGACGUUGUGCAUCAUUAAAGAUAAUCCUUCUGGGUGGCAGAAACUCUGGAAAGAGCUCUGUUGGGAAUUUACUGCUGGGGAAAGAGGAGUUUGUCACCAGAGAGAGGACCUCGUGCUCCCGCCGGCUGGGUGUGGUGGCGGGAAGGAGGCUCGCGGUGGUGGACACCCCCGGCUGGUGGUGCGACUUCAGCGCUCAGGACACAUCACAGCUGGUGAAGAGGGAGAUUGCUAACAGCGUUUCUCUGUGCUCACCUGGGCCACAUGUAUUUCUAAUCACAAUAAAGGCAAGCUCAGGUUUCUCUGAGAAGCGUCGGAGGGCGGUGGAGGAGCACGUGGCGCUGCUGGGUGAGAGGGUGUGGAGUCACUGCAUGGUGGUCUUCAUCUCUGCAUACAGGUCUGACCACACAGAGUUUCUAAGGACGGGGGGGGAGGCCCUCAGAUGGCUCAGUAAGAAGUGCAGUCACAGGUGUCACCAUGUUAUCUCCAGCAAUGAUACUGAAGGCCCCGAGCUGCUGGAGAAAAUACAGAAAGUUGUCAAAGAAAAUGGACACAGAGUGUUUGAGAUGCAGGAACACAUUUUAAAGGCUAUUUCAGUGGAGAAGAGGAGGGCGGAGGUAGAAGCUCAGAAGAGGUUUGUGAGAAUGAAGAAACACAGAUCUCUUAUGAGAGAUAGGUUACGGCCUGUUACUGAUGUCCGCAUUGUGUUGGUGGGUGCAAAGGGUUCUGGGAAAACAUCAACGCUGAACACAAUCCUGAACAGUAAGAUCAACCACCCAACAAGGAGAACAGCCCAGUGUAUGGUGGGAAGAGGAGCGGUGUUUGGGAGACAGGUGACGGUGGUGGACACUCCGGGCUGGUGGAGGAACUACUAUAGUGACGAGAGUCCCGUCUUCGACCGGAGGCAGCUGCUGCUCAGCCUGUCUCUCUGCCCUCCGGGGCCUCACGUCUUCCUGCUGGUGAUCCGUGUGGACAGAGCCUUCACUGAGACCUACAGGAGGGCAGCACAGGAGCACCUCCAGCUGAUCAGCGAGCACAUCUGGAGCCGUGUCAUCGUGCUGUUCACUUUGGGGGACUGGCUGGGAGGCACGACCACGGAGCAGUGCAUCGAAAGCGAGGGGGAGCCCCUGCGGUGGCUCGUGGAGAGAUGCGACAACAGGUAUCACGUCCUGAACAAUAAAACUAAAGGGGAUGGAUUUCAAGUCCGAGAGCUGAUUGGGAAGAUUGAGGAGAUGUUGGCCGGAUUUGACGCUGAGCAGCAUUGUGAAAUAGAAAGGAAGGGGAUGGCCCAGCUGCAGAGGAAGAUGAUAAGAGAAGAGCAGAAAGCCAAGAAGAGGCUGAUGAGGAAGGAGAAACAAAGGCAGACAGCAAAGUCUCAGCUGGCAACGCUUAACCCUCUUCAUGAGCUGAGAAUAGUGCUUUUAGGCAGCUGGAAAACGGGCAAAAGCUCAUGUGGAGACACCAUCCUUGGCAGAGAGUGCUUCCACACAGGAACCCAAACCACUUCCUGCACCGAAAAUCGAGUCAAAAUCAGCGGCAAGACAGUGGCAGUGCUGGACACACCUGGCUGUUUCUCUGUGACCUCUGACCUCCUCGAAGCAUCAUGUGCCAUCCUCCUGGUUGUCAAUGUGAGCUCCUCAUUUAAUGAUACCCACAUGGGAGCAAUAGAAAAACAGCUGGAGGCCGGAGGAGGCCAGAUGUGGAGCAGAGCGGCAGUUCUGUUCAGCAACGGUGACUGGCUGGGCGACACGAGUAUCGAGCAACGCAUUGAGAGCGAAGGAGAGCCGCUGCAGAGGCUGGUCCAGAUGUGCGGGAACAGAUAUCACGUCCUGGACAAUAAACACGGGGGAGAUAGAGUUCAAGUUCACCAACUGAUUGAACUGAUAGACGAGAUGCUGGUUGGAGAAAGGCUGACCGUUCUUCACGGUGGUGAUCACAUGUGGAAAAAUGCUUCAGUGACACUGUGUAAAAACGAUUUAGAAAUGCUCACAUGCUGCAGACAUCAACUGUCGCAUGACUUGACUGGACCAGCCAAUCCCAGCCCUCAGACGUCACUGAACUGCUCAGGAGGUGGUGGACAGGUAGUGGCAGUUCCAGCAGGAAGAAGACGAAGACAAACUGGACCCAGUAUGCGGGACAGAGAGGGCUUUAUGUCCUAUUUAUCCUCCAUGUUUUCAUCCAUGAGGUGGAAAAUAAUAAUUCCACACUUGUUCCCUACCGAUGAUCUCCACUUGAACAGUGAACGCCCCGUGUUCACAACCAGCCAUCCUACAAUGCUCCUGGUUUUACCUCAAACACAACACAGGGUGCUGGAUGAGGAACAUGCCAUUGGUGUGCAGUCCCUCUGCCGCCCUGCUCUGAGAGAGCGGACCCUCAGGAGGCUCACUGAGUCUGGAGACCUUCAGGCGCUGAUUGACCAAUGGGGCGACAGCAGCCUGCAGGAGCUGGAAGCCUUCAUUGACUUGUACUUUGAGAUGAUUUGGCAGCAAACCAUGGGGUCAUUUCAGGAGCCCCACUGUCCCACCGCAGAGGAGGAUCCUGCCGUCCAGGAGGAGGCCGGGCAGCAGGAAGUGCUCUCCUCCAUUGACAGGAAGCUGUCAAAACUAGAGCUCCUGGAGGAGAUCAGGAGGGAUCUGGCUGAGCUGAGGACGAGCCUGGAGCACAGCUGGGAGGCCAUACAGGAACUCAGAGAAAAAAGCAAACAGGACGAUCAUAAUAAUACAUGUUGAUGCAAGGAGGAAGUACAUUGCUAUCUAAAAAAGACAAAAUGAAUGCAUGUGUUUCUUCUGACUACAAAGUCAAAA